AUGCGGGUGUUGUUUUGGAAUAUCAAUGGAGUUGCACGUGAUGUAGCUCAAGAUAAACUAAAGGAGUUGAUUAGAGAUUUUAAACCUGAUAUUUUUGGUAUUGCUGAACCAAAAGUUCCCUGUUAUACUGGGUUCAGAUAUGGUUUGCUUAGAGAAGGUUAUUCUUCUCAUGUUAUUAAUAAUGCUUCUUCUUCUAGUAUUGCUAAUAUUUGGGUUUGUUAUUCAAAUACUCUUAAUCUUUCAAUUGUUAAUGUCAGUAAGCAGGCAAUAACGGUUGAGGUGGAUGGUGUUCAUGUUUGUUUUGUCCAUGCUAGCUAUAUUCAGGUUACUAGGAGGAGUCUUUGGCAGCAACUUGUUAGUUCUGGUGGUGGUAUUCCUUGGUUAGUCAUUGGGGAUUUUAACUGUAUUCUUCGUUUGGAUGAGAAGAAGGGUGGUCUUGAACCUAGAAGCUCAGCUAUUAAUGAGUUUUCAGAUUGGUUGGAUGACAACAGUCUUUUUGAAGCUGAUGCUUUGGGAAGUAAGUUCACUUGGACGAAUAGACAAUCAGUUUCUGACCAUUCUACUCUUUUGGGUUAUCCUUUUGCUGUUCCAAGACCCAAAAGAGCUCCUUUUCGAGUUCAAAAGAUGUGGUUCUUACAUUCUGAUUUCCUUCGUAUGGUUAGAGAUAGUUGGAAUAUGCCUAUUUCUGGGUCUUUUGAUUUUAUUUUCAGUAAAAAAUUAAAGAGACUAAAAGGAAUUAUCAAGGAAUGGAAUAUUCGUGUUUUUGGUAAUGUGCAUUCUAGGUUAAAGCAGGAUCAGUUGAGGUUUGAGGCAGCUGCUCUUCUUUCUGAUGAUAACCCGGAUGACAUUACUAAGCUAAAUAUUAUGAAGGAUGCUAUGGAUAAACUUAAUGAUACUCGUGCUCAGUUGAAUACUAUGCUUAAGCAGAAAUCUAGAAAUAAGUGGCUUGUGGAGGGUUCAAGUAACACUAAUUUCUUUCAUAAUAGCAUUAGAAUUCGUAGAAGUUCUAACACUAUCUCUGAACUUGUUGACAGUGCAGGCAAUACUAUUUCUGAUUAUGAGCUGCUUAGAAAUCAUUUUGUGCACUAUUAUGAGGACAAGUUUAAUGGGCCGGAGUUGGAGAUUGAUCCUAUCUUAUUUGACUAUGGUCAUAUUAGCAUCUCGGAGGAGGAAAGUUUAGCCAUGGACAGAAUUCCAUCUUCUGAGGAGAUUAAACAUGCAGUUUUUGAUCUAGGGGAAGACAGUGCUCCAGGGCCGGAUGGGUUUUCUGGAUGUUUCUAUAGACACUGCUGGGAUAUUAUUCAAGAUGAUUUAUUAAGAGCCGUUAUUUAUUGCUGGAAUUCUGGUCAUAUCCCAAAUGGGGUAAAUUCUAGUCUAAUUGUUUUGAUUCCCAAGGUAAGAGGUGCUAAUUCUCUUCGUAAUUUUCGUCCUAUUGGUCUCAGUAAUUUUUUCUUUAAAAUCUUUACUAAGAUCUUAGCUACUAGACUGGGGAGCGUUUUAGAUAAUCUUGUUUCUGAAGAACAUGUGGCUUUCAUGAAAGGGCGUAACAUCCAUGAAAACAUUAGUCUUGCUUCUGAGUUGAUUAAUGAUCUUCAUAUCAAUCGUAAGGAUGGUAAUUUGGGCCUUAAGCUUGAUAUCUCACAAGCUUUUGACACGGUCAGUUGGUUUUUUGUCUUGGAGGUUUUUCGUAGUCCGGAGGGUUUUUUCAAGAUUAAUAGAGGGUUACGUCAGGGAGAUCCUCUUUCUCCCUUGAUCUUUGUUUUGAUGGAAAAUGUCCUUAGCAGAAAUAUCACAAAGCUUUUUGCAGAGAAGAAGAUGUCUUACAUGGUAACUAGAGGUGGAAAUUUGCGGAGCAUUAAUAGUCUGGUGGAUCUGUUGGGUAAGUAUCAGCGUGCUUCGGGUCAAUCUGUUUGUCGCCAAAAGAGUAAAAUUUAUUAUGGUGGUGGUUCGUUGAGUAGACGUAAUUAUCUUGUUGAUUAUUUGGGUAUGAGUGUUGCUUCUUUCCCUGAUCGUUAUUUGGGUGUUCAAAUAAUGCCUGGUGCUGUUAGUACUUCUAAGAAGAAUUGGGAAGGUUAUCUUAAGGCUAAAUUUUUUAGUCGAAGAGGCUACAUUAAGACUUAUGGGGUGAAGUCUACCAUUCUUCCAGGCAUUAGAAGGGUUUAUAAAUAUGUGGAGGCUAACACUAAAGUUCUUCUUGGUGAUGGCAGGUCUACUUCUCUCUAUUAUGAUGUUUGGUAUGGAGAAAAAUGUUUUGCAGAGAUACUAGAUGAUUUUACUCUUGACAGAUUGGUUUUGGUGAGUGAUUGUUAUAGGGAUAACCAAUGGGUUUUCUCUGAAAAUCACUUGAACUGUUUAAUCGAGGCUGGUGUGGAUAUGCAUAAUCUUCCUUUGCCAAAUGGGGGUGAAGAUAAGAGAGUUUGGAUGCCAAAAUUUUCAGGUGAUUUUUCGGUAAGUUCUGCCAAGGAACUUAUUCGUCAGAAACAUGGUAGAUUCAAUGAAGCGUCUAUGCUGUGGAGGAAGGAAAUUCACCCUAAACUUGCGGCUCAAAACUGGAAAUUUAUUCGUGGUGCUUGUGCCACUUUGGAUAUCAUUCAAUCUAGGUUCAAAAUUAAUUUUGCUAACAAGUGUGUUCUGUGUGAAACUGAGGAAGAAUCUCUAGAACAUAUUCUUUUUCAUUGUUCUUUUGCAGCUCGUGCGUGGUCUUGGAUUUCUGGUAUCAUUGGUAUGUCAGCAAUUUUCAACAUUGUGGCUUCUUUCAAGGCAGCGAAGGGAAGAAGCUCAAUUGUCCGUGACUUGUGGCUGGUGGCGAACUUAGUAAUCAGUGUGGAAGAUAUGGUGCUGUUGGAUUACUUCCGUGUGUUUCAUAGAAGUGUUAGACACCAGCAGCCUAUUGAAGUGUUAUGGAAGCCUCCGGAUCUUAAUGAGAUUCUAAUUUGUUGUGAUGGAGCUGCGCGUGGGAAUCCAGGCAUUGCGGGAGCAGGAGUGGUGGCAAGAGACUCUAGCUGUGCAGUUCUUGGUGCUUUGAGUAUUGGUCUUGGAGUUACUACAAACUAUUUGGCGGAACUAUAUGCAAUUAUAAUUGGUAUGGAAUGA